UUCCAGUUCUCGGAUGGUGUGAGGUGGUACAAUGAAGGGACACGAUGACAGCCUGCAUCAGAGUAAUUUGGAUGAGAUUGAACACCUUGACAGCCCCUAUUGAUGAUGGUUCUUCUCUCCUGAACUCUUUCUUUACCAAAACACAUUAGUCCCCCUGUUUCGUCCUAUCUGUAAAUAUCUAGUGUUGUAUAUGUCGGUCUGCUAGCCCCGUGCUAUGAUUUUACCCACAUAAACGUUCUUGAAUUGAUCUGACUGAUAUUACUCUUAACAUGGCAAUCACCCAGUUUCGCCUCUUUAAAAUAUGCACCUGCUUGGCGUCUGUCCUUUCAUUCUUGAAAAGACUGAUUUGCAGGACUGGAAGGUCACGCAAGCUGAGUGGGGAUCAGAUCACCCUUCCUACCACUGUUGAUUUUUCUUCUGCAUCAAAACAGCCAGAGAUUGAGGACUGGAGCUCAUGGGAUGAAGAAGCUCCCACGAGUAUCAAAAUUGAAGGUGGUAAUGGGGCAGUUCUGCCACCACAGACUGAAGCUGAGGAGGAGGAGCCAGACUACUUCAAAGACAUGACUCCCACCAUCAGGAAAACACAAAAAAUUGUUUUGAAGAAAAGGGAACCUUUGAACUUCUCUAUGCCAGACAGUUCCUUAGGUUUCUCUAGCAGACUAGCCGUCACUCAGGACAUGUCCUUUAUCCAGCCCUCUGCGGAGCUGGGGGACAUGGACACCUGGCAGGAGAACACCAAUGCCUGGGAGGACGAGGCAGAUGCGUCCUGGGAGGCAGAGGAAGUGCUGAGACAGCAGAAGCUGGCCGAGAGAGAGAGACGUGCUAUGGAACAACAGAGGAAGAAAAUGGAGAAAGAGGUACAGCGAAUGAUGAAAAAAGAGCAGAAGAUCGCUGUCAAACUUUCAUAACAUUUAUACAGCGCACCGGACACUCAAAACAACAGCCAAACAACUGUUCAUAUUAAUUUUUACCUUGUUUCGUCCUGACCACCGCAGUGCUGUCUUCACAUCUUUGGGAUAUUUUUUGAGGCCAUCAGUCGUCUUGGGGAAUUUGUUAUUUUUUUUUAAUAAUGGAUAGAGAGCACAGCUCAAAGCACCUUUCCUUUCAUCUUUAAGUUGUUGUGAAUGUUCUGUAAGUGCGAUCAAUGAAAGAAAUUAACUAGGUGUUUUUUUUGUGUCAGUAUUUAUAAAAGUUUUGGAUACCAUUGUGUCAAUCUUAGAUCAGGAAUUUUUUUUUUUUUUUUUUUGCCUUUAUGCGCUUUUUCUUGUCUGUUUUUAUUUUUCAUUAUCCAAGUCUAGUAACUUUGCGUUAAACACUGGACUUAAAAUAUCAACAGAUUUAUGCAAUUUAUGUGCUCUGGCUUCUAAUAAACUAAUUAGUGGUAGAUUGUUCCUAGCUAGUUCCCUUGCCAUUCAGUUUAUCUCAAUUACCUGGUAAUCAAGGACUUUUAAGGAAUAGUUCACUCAAAAUGUUUUAUUCUUUCAUUAUUUACUCACCCUCAUGCCAUCCCAGAUAUGUAUGACUUUCUUUCUUCUACAGAACACAAAGAUUUAUAGAAGAAUAUCUCAGCUCUGUUAAUGCAAGUGAAUGGUGACCAAAACUUUGAAUCUCCAAAAUGCACAAAGGUAGCAUAAAACCAAUUCAUAUGAUUCCAGUGGUUUAUUUCAUGUCUUCUGAAGUGAUCCAAUCGAUUUUGGGUGAGAACAGGCUUUUAUAUGCUGCCUUUAUAUGCUUUUUUGGAGCUUCAAAGUUUUGGACCCCAUUCACUUGCAUUGUAUAAACCUUCAGAGCUGAGAUAUAUUCUUCUAAAAAUCUUUGUGUUCUGCAGAAGAAAGUCAUACACAUCUGGGAUGACAUUAGGGGAAGUAAAUGAUGAGAGAUGAAAUGUUUAUUUUUGGGUGAACUAUUCCUUUAAAUGUUAAUAACUGUUAAAGGCCUUAUAUUCUGGACUUGAUUUCUCUAAAGAUAAACAGGAUUUGGUUUGAACCUGAACAAUGCAGAGAUCUCAGUCUGGUAAAAUGCCAGUGGGUAUGGUAUGUAAGGCUUGCAGAGAACGCUUCAAGAGGAGUGGGUUGGUUGUUAUGGAAAUGCUGGGAUUUUUAAAAAUCCAGAUUGGCAACCAAAGCAUCUUUUAUCUUUGGUAAGACUCACUGUCUGUUACCUGGAGCAUUCAUUAAGUGUAAUACAUUCACUUUGAUCACAGCUGGGGGCCUGAACAAUUUUAGAUAGAAACUGUUCACUGUAUUGGCCAUAUGAUGAGCAAUUAAGAAUUUGGUUUAUCUUGAUUUAGAUGCAUUUACACAGUCUUACCAAUUUAAGGGAAUUUCCCCCCAAAAUGACAAUUCUGGCAUCAUUACUCAAACUUGUAUCACUUUCUUUUUUUUAUGGAAGACAAAAUAUGUUGGGCAGAAUUACAGUCUCAGUCACCAUUCACUUUGACUGUAUGGAAAAAAAAAAAAAAAAAAAAGAUGCGGUCAAAGUGAAUGUUGACUGAGGCUAACAUUGUCUAAUAUCUCCUUUUAUAUACCACGGAAGAAAGAAAGUCAUACAGGUUUGAAACAACAUGAGGGUGAGUAAAUGAUUACUUUUUUUUUUUUUUUAUGAACUGUUCCUUAAAUUAUAGAAAAAUGUCCCUCUUUUAACAAAUAUAUAAGUAUUACGUUUAUGAGUACCAUAAUAAGGGCCUAUACUAUUAACAUUUUGAUGAUGAUGAUGAUGGUGGUGUUGAUAUUAACCUCUGCAUGCUAUGAUAAAUAUGGAAAAUGAAGCCAUGAGAGACAGAGGUGCGAUAACUAUGAAAAACAAUAAAAUCAUACAUUUUGUUAUCUUUGUUUCUCAUUUAUGUUUUCCACUCGUGCAUGCUCAUGCUUUUAUCAAAAAAAUUUUUUUGAAAAAAUUGCACAGUCCAGCCUUAGCUGUAAUAAACAUUUAAAUCUC